ACACACACACCUGACUUCUUUAUUUUCUCACAUAAGAAACCGAACCGAUCACACUUCUCGAACCUUCUUCUUCUGCUCUUUGGCAAAGCUCUCUCUCUGUUGUAGAAAUCAAACAUGGCGAAUGAAGCUGAAUCAUCUGAUUCUAAGGGGACGAAGAAGGAUUUUAGCACAGCGAUUCUGGAGAGAAAGAAGGCGGCGAAUCGUUUGGUUGUGGAUGAGGCCAUCAACGAUGAUAACUCCGUCGUUUGUCUUCACCCUGCCACCAUGGAGAAGCUUCAACUCUUUCGUGGUGAUACCGUUUUAAUCAAGGGAAAGAAGAGGAAGGAUACUGUGUGUAUUGCUUUAGCUGAUGAUACUUGUGAAGAACCAAAAAUCAGGAUGAACAAGGUUGUUAGGUCUAACCUCAGGGUUAGGCUUGCAGAUGUUACCUCUGUUCAUCAAUGCCCUGAUGUCAAGUAUGGGAAGCGUGUUCAUAUCUUGCCCGUUGAUGAUACCAUUGAAGGAGUUUCUGGAAAUCUAUUUGAUGCUUACCUUAAACCUUAUUUCUUGGAAGCAUAUCGUCCGGUGAGGAAGGGUGAUUUUUUCUUGGUUAGAGGAGGGAUGAGAAGUAUUGAGUUUAAGGUUAUUGAGACUGAUCCUGCUGAAUACUGUGUGGUCGCUCCAGAUACAGAAAUUUUCUGUGAGGGUGAGCCGAUUAAGAGAGAGGAUGAGGAGAGGCUUGAUGAAGUUGGGUAUGAUGAUGUUGGUGGUGUCAGGAAACAGAUGGCUCAGAUUCGUGAACUUGUUGAGCUCCCAUUGAGGCAUCCACAGCUUUUUAAGUCCAUUGGUGUGAAACCUCCCAAGGGAAUCUUGCUCUAUGGUCCUCCUGGUUCUGGGAAGACAUUGAUUGCCCGUGCUGUUGCUAAUGAGACUGGUGCGUUUUUCUUUUGUAUCAAUGGUCCUGAGAUCAUGUCUAAGCUAGCUGGUGAGAGUGAGAGCAACCUCAGGAAAGCUUUCGAGGAAGCUGAGAAGAAUGCUCCCUCUAUCAUUUUCAUUGAUGAGAUCGAUUCCAUUGCUCCAAAAAGAGAGAAGACACAUGGGGAAGUUGAGAGACGGAUCGUUUCCCAGCUCUUGACACUUAUGGAUGGGCUUAAAGCUAGAGCGCAUGUGAUCGUUAUGGGAGCGACCAACCGUCCAAACAGCAUUGAUCCUGCUUUGAGAAGGUUUGGACGGUUUGACAGAGAAAUUGAUAUUGGUGUUCCUGAUGAGAUUGGUCGUCUUGAGGUUCUAAGGAUUCACACCAAGAACAUGAAGCUCGCAGAAGAUGUUGAUUUGGAAAGAGUCUCCAAAGACACCCAUGGGUAUGUUGGUGCUGAUCUUGCAGCAUUAUGCACUGAAGCUGCUCUUCAGUGCAUCAGGGAGAAGAUGGAUGCAAUUGACCUAGAAGACGACGAGAUAGAUGCUGAAAUUCUCAAUUCUAUGGCUGUGACUAAUGAGCAUUUCCAGACUGCCCUUGGUAACAGCAAUCCUUCUGCUCUACGUGAGACGGUUGUUGAAGUGCCUAAUGUUUCUUGGGCGGACAUUGGUGGUCUUGAGAAUGUCAAGAGGGAGCUCCAAGAGACUGUUCAAUAUCCAGUGGAGCAUCCGGAGAAAUUCGAGAAGUUUGGGAUGUCACCAUCUAAAGGAGUCCUAUUCUAUGGUCCUCCUGGUUGUGGAAAGACCCUCUUGGCUAAGGCUAUUGCAAACGAGUGUCAAGCCAACUUCAUUAGUAUCAAAGGUCCUGAGUUACUCACAAUGUGGUUUGGAGAGAGUGAAGCCAAUGUGAGAGAGAUAUUCGACAAGGCACGCCAGUCUGCUCCUUGUGUUCUUUUCUUCGAUGAGCUUGACUCCAUUGCCACUCAGAGAGGUAGCAGUGUUGGAGAUGCUGGUGGUGCAGCAGACAGAGUACUGAACCAGCUUCUUACAGAGAUGGAUGGAAUGUCUGCUAAGAAGACU